AUGACUCCGUCAAUCACUAUACAUGAUGAUAAUUCUAUCACUAAUCCUCUCGAUCUUUCGAAUUUCAACGGCCGAUCUCAAUCGCAACUUCGAUUAGAAACACCUCCGUCAUUCAACAACUCACCAUCCAAUUACAGUAGUCCUCCUAUUACACCAGCUGUUAAAGCUCAAGCCUCAAGUUAUCAAUGUAAAAGAGAAGACCGAGGUAAAGAAUGGCCAAAAAUCAAUGGCAUAUCUUUCAAAGGCCUCAUGAGCAGCAGUGGAAAAUAUUACUGUUAA